AAUUUCUCCUAUUUUCAGGUUCCCCUCAGGGCCAGAGCACCAUUCAGCAUACCACCCAGCAGCCUCCACCUCAGAACAUGCAGCCAAACCAUCCAGCGGGUUACAAUAUUCCACCUACAGUACAGCAGCAGCAGCAGCAACAACAACAACAACCACAGCAACAGCAGCAACCACUGUCACCUCCCCCCAUGUCCCCUCAUCAACAAGCAAUGAAUAAUAUGAACCUUGAAUACAGCAGGGCAUCAAGCAGCACAAUGAGCCACCCCAUGUCUCCCCAACUGGAUACAUUUGGCCAGCUUCCUCAGUCACAGAACCUCAACCAGUUCCAGAGAAGUACCUCCAGCAACUGGCCUGCCAACAAUGCAGCAGCAACCUAUACUCCAGCCUUGCCACAGGAAAACCAGUAUUGGAACCAGACAACUGCUGCCACUAGUCAGAUACAGCACAAUGUACAGCCUUCCUUACCAGCUCUUACAAGUCAGCCAAUGCCUGAGUUCUGGUGUACCAUAGCCUAUUUUGAGCUGGAUCAGCAGGUGGGUGAAACCUUCAAAGUGUCCAGCAGCUGUAUGACAGUGACAGUGGAUGGUUACACAGACCCUUCCAGUAUUGACAGGUUCUGCCUGGGACAGCUGUCUAAUGUGCACAGAACAGAGGCCAGUGAGAGGGCAAGGUUACAUAUUGGCAAGGGCGUUCAGCUUGACUUACGCGGAGAGGGAGAUGUUUGGAUCAGGUGCCUCAGUGAUCACAGCGUAUUUGUACAGAGUUACUACUUGGACAGGGAGGCAGGCAGGGCGCCAGGAGACGCAGUUCAUAAAAUCUACCCAAGUGCCUACAUAAAGGUGUUUGACAUACGUCAGUGUCACCAUCAGAUGCAGCAACAAGCAGCUACCGCACAGGCAGCAGCAGCAGCACAGGCAGCCGCAGUAGCUGGCAACGUGCCAGGACCUGCCUCUGUGGGGGGCAUAGCGCCAGCCAUCGGUAACGCUUCAGGUCUGUCGGCAGCAGCAGGCAUUGGGGUAGAUGACCUAAGGAGAUUAUGCAUUUUACGGCUUAGCUUUGUGAAAGGCUGGGGACCUGACUACCGCCGCCACAGCAUCAAAGAGACGCCAUGUUGGAUUGAGGUACAGUUGCAUCGCCCUCUACAGUUGUUGGACGAAGUAUUACAAGCAAUGCCACUUCAUGAUCCAAGACCUCCCAGGAUGCUUCUGGGCUGAGCAAUAGUAUGUAGACUUUGUUUUUAAUUUAAAAAUGGAUACGUGUACAUUAUUUUGCCCAAAUCCAUUUUUGUAUGAAUGGAGUUAUGAUCUGAAGCAGUUCUUAGUAACCAUGACUGGAAAGAUUGUUGGACAUCUUGUAAAUCCCCAUCCAGUUCAGUUCCUUCUCUUAUGUUAUUUACACUAUAAGUAAGGAAAGUCAAGAAGAUACCACAAUGAAAUUUAGUAUGUAAAUAAUGAUGAAUAUAUGCAGUUGGGCAGUGACUGAAGUUGCUGCUGCACUUAUUGUGUAACUAAAGAUAUUUCCACACAUCAGUAACUUCCAUCAUUAGUUGUACAUAAUUCAUUAUCUUAAUGUAGAAAGAUGAAAAAGAAAAGCAUAAGAUGCAAAAUUUGAAAUUGUGAAGUGACAGGCUCCAGGGAUAGUAUCUGGAAUAAGGGACAUGCUGUGAAUUAGCAUUGUGGAAAUUUAGAUUAAGUAUGUGCAUUUUACAAUCUUGGACACAUUUUGACUGUUUCGUUUAGAAUUAGUCAAUAGGACAAUGUAUUUUACUGGACAGUUUGAUAGCUUAGAAAAACAAAAAAAUAAGAAUUGUCAGUAUCAUUUGAGUUUUUAUUUUGCAACACUGAACGGUGAGUAACAACAAACUCUCAACAAGAAAAAUAAGUCUACUAUAAGACCAUUAUGUUGGUUUUAUAUAUAAUUUUACAAAUGAUGUAUUGACAGUCUGUAAUUGCAGUUUAGAUGAUUUCUAUGAGCCAGUACUGAUCACUAAUUUGCUGGAAAAAGGAUGCCCACGUGGUGUCAACAUUUGAUGGCUUAAAACAGAAGGAAUUAUGUUGUGAUGUCAAGUGUAAAAUAUGAUUCAAUGAUUAAGUGAGAUACCAACUGCAGCUGGCUCGACUGUUUCUUUGUUUCUGGUGAAUAAGUGUUUCUCGAGAAAUUAUUUUACAGAUCAUGAAAAGAUGUAAUGGGUAACCUACCUCAUCUGUGCUUUAACACCAGAGUGGUGCUUGAAAUGUCUACCAAGAUAGGAUGCUCAAAAAGUCGAUAACAGACAAUACGAAAUCUUGUGUUUUACAGAGGUUAAUUACUUUUGCAUCAAUUUUAUACUUUUUUGCGCAUACAUUUAUAAAUUUGUGACAGAUAUUUGUGUUCAUUUCUUUCAGUAUGUUGGUUCAUAUUUCCCCCCUUGUAUUGCAAUUUUUAAAAUGCAUUGUACCUCAGUCAUACCUGGUUAUAACUGUCAAAAAAUUAUAGUGAUCUGUUUACUUGUACUAGUCGUAGAAAAGGCAAAAAAUAUUGAGUUGAUAAUGGAGCUAAAUGACUAGAUUACAAAUGUGUCCAUAACUAUACCUAGUUAAAUAUAAUUCUACAUAUUGAUAUUUUUGUUGAAAAACAUGAUUUUACAAUUUUGUCCAACAUUUUUACAUUUAUAUGCAAUUACAUAAAAUUUAAAGUUAGAAUAUAAAUCUAAAGGGCAAAAUAAAGGAAUCGUUUCAUUUUGCAUUUUAUAAUUUUCAGUAAGGUCUAAUUUUCAUGCCACCCUUUCAAAACGAAGCAGACGUGAUUCCUUAUUUCUUGGUCGUUACCCCAGGUCAAACUUUAUUUGAUUGUUAUUAUUAUUAUCAUGAUUUUAAUAGUUAAUCUUAUGACAACCAUGUAAGAUUUAUAAAUUUGGUAGCAGUCUAAAUGUGCCCAAAAUAAAGUCGUCUUAAUACAUGCAUGAACAGUCUUCCAGUCAUUACUAUACACACUCUGUUAAUGUGAUGAAGGUAAAAUUACAAUUAUGUAUAACAGUGAGAUUGAUAAUUUUUUUCUUCUUGCCAUUAUAGAUAUCAUGUACUGCUUUCUCAAAGAUGUGCGACCUUUUUGAGGUAUGAAUAACUGUUUUCACUCUUAAAUUCCAGUUUGUGGAAAGUAGGAGUACAGAGAAUAGACUUAACCAGUCACUUAACUUCAGCAAUGAAUGUCCUUUGGAGUAGGAACGCCAAACUUGAUUGUGAACACUCCUUUCAAUAACCCUGUGGUUCAUGAUAUUAUCUAUUAGAUUGUUCAUAGUUCCAAUGAUAGCUUCCAGAAUUAAAAUUAUUUAAUGAGAGAUCUUUUUUAGGGUGUAAAAAGAUUCUUGCACUUAAAAUUGAAGUCUGAAAAAAUAAAAAAAGCAUCUUAAACUGUAUUUUGUAAAUUGAUCAUUUAUUAAAAAAAUAUUGUGACAGUCUUAACUGGAAUCCCUUAACCUUAAUGAGUAUAACUGUUACUAGAAAAUCCUACUGGUUCCUAUUAAUAUAACUUUGUAUAGUGUCUAAACAACAAGUACACUGAAUUUUACUGAUUCAGAAUGGGAAUGAGUGGCCAUACUACUACUUCCGGGGUAGCACCCUUUUUUACACCAACAUUUUCCUGAUGAGACGCAGUUAUGCAUGGUUCUAUCAAAAUCUAGUAGGCUUAUGAAGUUGUCUUGAGUGAUAACGAAUAUAUCAUACUAGAUAUCUUUUUCGAUCAUCUCCAUAAAAUUUCACAAAGAAUUCUAAAAUGCACAAGACAUUUCUUUGUUCAAUGGUAUCGAACAAAACUAAAAUUCUCUUAUAUAGUUAAACAAAUAACAUACUGAACCAAUCUAAACAAACAAAACGUGACAUGAACAUAUAACAAAGCACCAGAGGCCUUGCACCUUGAAUUAUGGCAAGUGAAGAAUCAAACACUAAAGGAAAAACAAAAUACAUAAACUUUCUUAAAAUUAAACAUUGCCACACCCCUUUGACUACAAAUUAUUGAUACUGGUCGCUGGCUUCGUACAAUCUGCUGAACAUCAGCACAGGCAAGAAAGCAUAGUCUCUGCCUUCAAACACAAUAAAACACCUUGGCCCCUAGAAAUCUAUUUAAAAUACAAUAUUUGCCAAUCAAAUACAAAAAGCUAAAUGUCUACCUAAUUAUCAUAUAAAUUAUCUUACAUAUUAAUAUCUUAAUACCAUACUGGAAAUAUCUGACAACAUAUCAUUUCAUGACUAACAGUCAGGCAUAUACUGAUAAAGCCGUUUCUUACUUCAUAGGAAGAAAAAAACAACUUUAUGGUAACUAAAUAAAAAAAAA